AAUCAGGUUGCGGGCAGAAAGGAAACGAACAUAGCAACCUCCACCAAAAGGAAGCUCUGUCAGCACAUGCACGUAGGGUCCCGUGCGUAGAAACAGCAGGUUGUCUCCGAUCGCCUCGGGGACGUGGAGUGCGCCAAACAGGAACUUUGAAGGCAUUGAAAUCUGUUGCCUGUUUCACUAGGAAUAUUGUUUGCAAGGCACAAGGUGUCUUUUGGUAGUGAUCACUCUGUGCGCAUGCGCAGGUCCAUUCGGGAAUUACUGCCCUGCCGCCGACUAAGUUGCAUUCCUUGAAUCUUCGCAGAAAAGACAAUUCUUUAAUCAGAGUUAGUAAUGUGGACAGUACAAAACCGAGAGAGUUUGGGGCUUCUCUCUUUCCCUGUGAUGAUUGCCAUGGUCUGUUGUGCACACAGCUCCAAUGAGCCCAGCAACAUGUCAUACGUGAAAGAGACAGUGGACAGAUUGCUCAAAGGAUAUGACAUUCGUUUGCGGCCGGACUUUGGAGGGCCCCCAGUGGACGUCGGGAUGCGGAUCGAUGUUGCCAGUAUAGACAUGGUCUCCGAAGUGAACAUGGAUUAUACACUCACCAUGUAUUUCCAGCAGUCUUGGAAAGACAAAAGACUUUCUUAUUCUGGAAUUCCACUAAACCUCACGCUAGACAACAGGGUAGCUGACCAACUCUGGGUACCAGACACCUACUUUCUGAAUGACAAGAAAUCAUUUGUGCAUGGGGUUACGGUGAAAAAUCGCAUGAUCCGACUGCAUCCUGAUGGAACAGUUCUCUAUGGACUCCGGAUCACAACCACAGCAGCCUGCAUGAUGGAUCUGCGAAGAUAUCCUCUAGAUGAGCAAAACUGCACCCUGGAGAUUGAAAGUUAUGGCUACACCACUGAUGACAUUGAAUUUUACUGGAAUGGAGGAGAGGGAGCAGUAACAGGAGUUAAUAAAAUUGAGCUUCCCCAGUUUUCCAUUGUUGACUAUAAGAUGGUAUCCAAAAAAGUGGAGUUCACAACAGGGGCAUAUCCACGACUGUCAUUAAGUUUUCGUCUAAAGAGGAACAUUGGUUACUUUAUUUUGCAAACCUAUAUGCCUUCUACACUGAUUACAAUUCUGUCCUGGGUAUCUUUUUGGAUCAACUAUGAUGCAUCUGCAGCCAGAGUCGCACUAGGAAUCACCACAGUGCUGACCAUGACAACAAUCAGCACUCACCUCAGGGAGACCUUGCCAAAGAUCCCUUAUGUCAAAGCGAUUGAUAUUUAUCUAAUGGGUUGCUUUGUGUUUGUGUUCCUGGCUCUGCUGGAAUAUGCCUUUGUAAAUUACAUCUUCUUUGGGAAAGGUCCUCAGAAAAAGGGAGCUAGCAAACAAGACCAGAGUGCCAAUGAAAAGAACAAACUGGAAAUGAAUAAAGUCCAGGUCGACGCCCAUGGCAACAUUCUCCUCAGUACCUUGGAAAUCAGGAAUGAAACGACAGGCUCGGAAGUACUCACAAGCAUGAGCGACCCCAAGGCCACCAUGUACUCUUACGACAGCGCCAGCAUCCAGUACCGCAAGCCCUUGAGCAGCCGGGAGGCCUAUGGGCGCGCCCUGGACCGCCAUGGGGUACACAGCAAGGGCCGCAUCCGCAGGCGCGCCUCGCAGCUCAAAGUCAAAAUCCCCGACUUGACUGAUGUGAACUCCAUAGACAAGUGGUCCCGGAUGUUUUUCCCCAUCACCUUUUCUCUUUUUAACGUCGUUUAUUGGCUUUAUUAUGUACACUAAGGUCUGUCCUCAUGGCUCAAUUUAGACUACUUUCCUCUUCUCUUUUUUUUUUUUUUUUUUUUGUUGUUUUUAUCCCACAGGUCCUCCAGCACAUAUUGCUGUUUUUGGUUUUUUUUGCGGUAGGAGAUUCAGCCAUCCAAUUGGUUUUAGGUCUUGCUUAUCAAUUUUAUUAUUACACCAUGUUUACUUCAAAAAAGAAAAGAAAAAGAAAAAAAAAAAAAACGCAAAACUUUUUUUUUUUUUCCCCAGCCUACUGUGGUCCAGGUUAUCAGCUCUUUAAGAGCUCUUUAAUUGCCAUGUUUACAAAAACAAGCUAACAUUAAGAGAGAAGUUAGACAGGUAGAUUUUAGCAGUGUUUUUCCUAGGCUCCCUGGCUUGAUAUUUUAAAUGGCUAUGAAAUGAGUGUCUAGCUCUCUUUCUGGUCUGCUUCCUGGUAAACUGUAACUAUCUCAUGCUGCCAAAAA